UUUUGAACCAGCUUUUUAGCUGCACUUUUCCGGACCCGUGCUGUUCUUGUUGUCCUCUCCUUCCCCUCUACCAUCAUCGCCCUAGUCCGGCUUAAGUCCACAAUGCUUCAAUAAGCAGAAGUUGCCGAGGAAAACUCUCUUUCAUCCAUCAAUGGCUUCAACAACCCUCCCAUUUCUUUACACUGCCUUGCAGUUACUAACCCUGUUGAGUAUCGUCCAUUUCUCUAGGGUUAUAGCUACAGGUGUGAACUGGGGCACCUCGGCGUCACAUCCUCUACCCCCGGCCCAGGUGGUGCAACUGUUGAAGGCCAAUAAUGUCACUAAAGUGAAGCUGUUUGAUGCUGACCCAGAUGUCCUCCAGGCUCUUGCGGGUUCUAAUAUUUACGUAACUGUUGGCAUUCCCAAUUCUAUGCUUCGUAGCUUGAACUCGUCUCUUAAGGCUGCUGAGAGUUGGGUCCACGAUAAUCUCACCCGCUACGUCUCUGAUGGUGCCGGCUCUGUCCGUGUAGAGUUUAUUGCUGUUGGAGAUGAUCCGUUUCUCCAGAGUUUUGGUGAGCAAUUCUAUCCAUUUGUAGUUGGUGCUGCUGCCAACAUCCAGACAGCUCUGGUCAAAGUUAACCUGGCAAACAAGGUAAAAGUUGUCACUCCGUGCAGCUUUGACGCUUUCCAGUCGGAAUCUGGCCUGCCAUCAAGAGGACAAUUUAGGCCAGAUCUCAACAAAACCAUGGCUGAAGUUCUCACGUUUUUGAACAAGCACAGAUCUCCUUUCUUUGUUAGCAUUUCCCCUUUUUUGAGUUAUCAUCAAAAUAAGAAUGUUUCCCUGGACUUUGCUCUCUUCCGAGAAGGUGCACAUCCCCGUAAUGACAGUCAUAGAUCAUACAAAAACAGCUUUGAUUUGAGCUACGAUACAGUUGUAAUGGCAUUAUCAACAGCUGGAUUCCCUCGGAUGGAUAUAAUCAUUGGGCAAAUUGGUUGGCCUACAGAUGGAGCUGCAAAUGCUACCUCAUCUGUAGCUCAGGUUUUCUUGAAAGGCCUGGUGGACCACCUUGAUAGCAGAUUAGGAACUCCACUAAGGCCUCGAGAUCUGCCAGUGGAGACUUACAUAUUUAGCCUAUUAGAUGAAGAUCAGAGAAGCAGAACUCCCGGAAAUUUUGAGAGGCACUGGGGCAUCUUCACUUUUGAUGGUCAAGCAAAAUAUCAGGUUGAUUUUGUCCAUGGCUCCGGAAAACUCAUAAAUGCACAGAAUGUCCAGUACCUCUCUCAAUGGUGUGUUGUGAAUAACAACAAAGACUUGUCCAAUAUAAGUGCACAUGCUCUGGAGGCAUGCUCUGCUGCGGAUUGUAGUGCAUUGUCACCUGAUGGUUCCUGUUCUGACCUUUCUUGGCCUGGAAAUGUUUCCUAUGCUUUCAAUAGUUUCUAUCAGCAGCAUGAUCAAAGUGCAGACAGUUGUGACUUUGGGGGCUUGGGCUUGAUAACUACAGUUGAUCCUUCAGUUGAAAAUUGUCGGUUCAUGAUUGGACUAAGGAAUUCACUCUCAGUGUCCCUUCGCAGGUCUUCUCAGUUCCACUGGUUUAUCUCACCAGUUGCAACCAUGUUGUUGUGUUUAGUAUGCGUAAUCUGUGCAACUAAGAUGAUAGAUUAUCCCCUUUACGCUUGGGCACUUCCUGGAAAAAGGGCGUCUUCAGACUUCCCUCGAGUAUAUGCACGCAUUUACAUGGAUACAAAGUAACAAAAAACAAAAGAAGAAGAGCAAGGGGUUGAUUUUGCAAAUUGGCUCCUUUUUUUUUCCUUCUUGCCUGGCACUCACGUAGAUCAAUUGGAAUUGGUAAACUCAUUGUUGACGAUUGGCCAUUUGGUUCCUGAUUUACUAUGAAUUGGUAUAUGCUUA